AUGUCACGAGCAUUAUCGUCUACAAGGGUGUUAAUCAACGACACACUUUUACCAGCUACUAUUAUUUUUUCAGUUGAAUCAGGAACGAUACUAGAGGUUGUUGAUAGAGUGUUACCGCCCAGUGAUCCAAUUUUGACAAGCUAUAAUGUUUUCCCUAUAGACUAUAGAAAUGUAACGCCAUCAGUGAUCAUGCCCGGGCUAGUUGAUGCACACGUUCACUUGAACGAGCCGGGCCGGACUGAAUGGGAAGGGUUUGAGACAGGGACGAAAGCUGCAGCGUCUGGUGGUGUGACUACAGUGAUUGAUAUGCCGUUGAAUGCGAUUCCACCUACCACCACUGUCGCCAACUUUAACUUAAAGAUCAAUGCUGCCAAAGGCCAAACCUGGGUUGAUGUGGGGUUUUGGGGCGGGCUCAUUCCUGAUAAUUUAUACGACUUGAAACCAUUGAUCCGAAUGGGUGUACGUGGAUUUAAAGCGUUUUUGAUUGAGUCGGGGGUUGAUGAGUUUCCUGCUAUUACGCCAGCACAUAUUGUAGCAGCCAUGAAAGAAGUUAAAGAUGAAAAGACGUUGUUGAUGUUUCAUGCUGAGAUGCAGCCCCAGGACAAAAGAAAAGCCCAGUUUAGCAUUGCUGAAGAAGAUGAGGAGGGGGACUUUAGCAAUUCGGCAGAUACGUUGACGGCCGAUAUUGAGGAUUUCAAUUUAGGGAUGUCAGCCAGUUUUAUUCAUAGGGCACCUACGCCAGUGGUCAAGUUGCUAAGCACCGACCACGGCGACCACCACCACGAACAUGAGAAUUGUCGCUUACCACAUAACCAUGCUGGGUCGAUAAACCCGUCGGUAUUGUCUGACGAGCAAGCCAAGGCGUUGGCACACACGCCGAUUUUGGCAGGGGCAGAGCCUACUUUUGGUAAGUAUGCCAGGAAGGUAAACACACGUCACCUGCGCUCAUACAGCUAUACCGAGGAGGAUAGCAAUACUCCGUUGUUGUUGGCGCAGCAGGAGAAUGCGAAGUUGGCCAAUAUCGAUCCCACGGCGUAUGCUACGUUUUUGGCAUCGAGGCCCGAUAAUUUCGAGACCACCGCUAUUGCUGAGAUUAUCAAUUGUUCGACGUUAAUGCCAACGGUGCCACUCCAUAUUGUGCACUUGGCUACGCACGAAGCCGUGCCAUUGUUGCGUGCUGCUAAAGCUAAGGGAUUGCCGGUGUCUGCAGAGACGUGUUUCCAUUAUUUGUCGUUGUGUGCUGAAAGGAUUGGCAAUUGUUCUACCCAUUUUAAGUGCUGUCCACCCAUUAGAACUGACGAUAACCGUAGAUUGUUAUGGAAAGCGCUUCGAAAUGGUGUGAUUACCACUGUUGUUUCUGACCAUUCUCCGUGCACGCCGGAUUUGAAGGGGAUGGAGAAAGGUGAUUUCUUUGAGGCCUGGGGUGGGAUUUCGUCGGUUGGGUUUGGGUUGCCGAUAUUGUACACUGAAGGGCUUAAAUUGGAUCCCCCAAUUAGUUUGGCGGAGAUCAACAAAUGGUGUUCAUUGAAUACUGCCAAACAGGUAGGGUUGAGUCAUUGUAAGGGUACGAUCAGGGUCGGGUACCAUGCAGAUUUGUUAAUUUUCGAUACUGACACGAAAUAUACGGUGGAAAAUAAGGAAACGUUUUUCAAAAACAAGUUGACGGCGUAUGAUGGUAUGGAGUUUCAAGGGAGGGUAUUGGAGACUUUGGUUAGAGGUAAUACGGUGUAUGCAAUGGGAAGAGGUUUCUCGGUCGCGCCGAUGGGUAAUUUGAUUUUAGAGCCGAGAUUGGAGUAG